AUGGCAUCAGCUCUGUCUCACGGCCGUCCAACGACUCUCCAAGUAGCAAAAGGCAAGCGCGAAACCUCUGGCGUGUUUUCUCUUUUCUCGCCCCCUCAGAUCCAGCAAUUCAAAGAGGCAUUCGGCCUGGUGGACCAAGAUGGAGAUGGGGUAGUGGAUGAGGCCGAUCUCAAAGGCAUACUCGGGUCAUUAGGCAUACCCCCAACACCAGAACUCAUCUCCGGGCUGCUUUCGGCGCGACCUGGUGGGCCUGGGCAAGGCGCUGCUGGUCAGAGCAAAGGCGUCAACUUCACAAUGUUCUUAACGAUGAUGGGCGAGCGAUUGGUAGAGCUGGAUCCGGAAGCAGAGUUGAUCGAGGCGUUUGAGUCCUUCGACGAGAAUGACUCUGGCUGGGUGAAGGGAAGCGAGAUUCGCAAAUGGCUUAGCAGCGUUGGGGAUAAGAUGGAUGAGCGCGAGAUUGAUCGCCUCUUGAAAGGGCCGUUUACAGAUAGGCAAGGUAACUUCAACUAUCGAGAAUGGGUGAAAGUGUUGCGUGUGAACACAGAUCCUGAGCAGAAUUCAGUAUCUCCUAUUGGGUUUUAG